GCCGCUGAGCUAGCUUUUCCGGUUGUGCUACUGCGGCUCCGCUCUCUGGACGACAAAACUGGACUAAAGCUGCACCGGGACCGGGUCUGGAGGCGUGAGGAUGUCCGAGGAACAUUACCUGGAGCUGAGUGAGAACCCGGUGCAGUUCGAACAUGCGUCCAGCGUCAACAAUGUUUUCUUCGAUGAAGCUAACAAACAGGUUUUCGCGGUGCGUUCAGGUGGCGCGACCGGAGUGGUGGUCAAAGGCCCGGACGACAAGAGCAGUGUGGCGUUCAGAAUGGACGAUAAAGGAGAAGUGAAAUGCAUCAAGUUCUCCAUCGGAAACAAGAUUUUGGCCGUUCAGAGAACAUCGAAGUCUGUGGAUUUCAUCAACUUUAUCCCUGACUAUCCUCACACAGAGUUCACUCAGGAAUGCAAGACGAAGAACGCCAGUGUGUUGGGGUUCUGUUGGACCAACUGGAACGAGAUCGUCUUCAUCACCGACCAGGGAAUCGAGUUCUACCAGGUGUUUCCAGACAAGAGGAGCCUGAAGCUGCUGAAGAGUCAGAGCAUCAACGUGAACUGGUACCAGUACUGUCCGGAGACCGCCGUCAUCCUGCUGUCCACCACCGUCCAGGGCAACGUCCUGCAGCCCUUCACCUUCAGGAAUGGGACCAUGUCGAAGAUGUCCAAGUUUGAGAUUGAGCUGCCGGUCGUCCCCAAACCCGCCAAACUCAGCCUGUCGGAGAGAGACAUCGCCAUGGCAACCAUUUAUGGUCAGCUGUACGUCAUGUAUCUGAAGCAUCACUCCAGGACGGCCAACAGCCCCAGUGCAGAGGUGGUCCUGUACCACCUGCCCAGGGAGGGCACCUGUAAGAAGAGUCACGUGUUGAAGCUCAACACCACGGGGAAGUUCGCCUUGAAUGUGGUCGACAACCUGGUGGUGGUUCAUCACCAGAGCUCCCAGACGUCUCUGAUCUUCGACAUUAAACUGAAGGAUCCGGACUGUGCUGUGAACACCCAUCAGCCCGUUCUGCCGGCCCGGUCCAUCCACCCCUACAGGAUCCCACUGUCAGGUCCAGCCGUCGUUCCCUCUCAGCCUCCGGUUCCCUGUCAGCUCUACUCUUCAUCCUGGAGCGUCUUCCAGCCCGACAUCAUCAUCAGUGCAAGUGAAGGUUACCUGUGGUACCUUCAGGUGAAGCUGCCUCCCACCGUGAACCUGCUGCAGGAUAAAGGCAAACUGAUGGACUUCCUGUUACGACGCAGAGACUGCAAGAUGGUCAUCCUGUCUGUCUGCUCUCAGAUCCUGGACGGAGGGGACAAGGGGAGUCUUCCUGUGGUGGCCACGGUCUUCGACAAACUCAACCAGGUGUAUAAGGAAUACCUGGAGGCGGAGCAGACCUACACGGCGGCCAUGGAGUCCGGUGCGAGCCGAGGCAGCGCUGCACAAAAGCGACCAAUCAGGACGCAGGCGGUCAUCGACCAGUCGGACAUGUACACGCACGUCCUGUCAGCGUUCACGGAGAGGAAGGGCGUGUCCCAUAAGUUCACCAUCGCCGUCCUCAUGGAGUACAUCCGCUCUCUGAACCAGUUCCAGAUCACGGUCCAGCAUUACCUGUACGAGCUGGUCAUCAAGACGCUGGUGGCACACAACCUGUUCUACAUGUUACACCAGUUCCUCCAGUACCACGUCCUCAGCGACUCCAAACCCCUGGCGUGUUUGCUGCUGUCGUUGGAGAGUACGUAUCCUCCUGCUCAUCAGCUGUCUCUGGACAUGUUGAAGCGUCUGUCCACGGCCAAUGACGAGAUAGUGGAGGUCCUCCUGUCCAAGCAGCAGGUUCUGGGCGCGCUCAGAUUCAUCCGCAGCGUCGGUGGCCAUGACAACGUGUCGGCGCGGAAGUUUCUGGACGCGGCGCUGCAGACCGGAGACCAGAUGUUGUUCUACACUGUGUUCAGGUCGUUUCAACAGAGGAACCAACGACUGAGAGGAAGUCCCGCCUUCAACCCAGGAGAACACUGUGAGGAACAUGUGGUCCACUUCAAGCAGCUGUUUGGAGAACAGGCUCUGAUGAAACCCUCCACCGUGUGAACCACUGGGACCACCUGACCUUUGACCUGAAGAGACAGAGGGAGGGGGCCACGUUACAAACGUCACAGCAUGAGGAGGACAGCGCCCGAUAGGACCUUAAACACACCAGAGCAGACUGAGGUUCAUGAACCUGCAGCACCAUCUUCUGGUCACGUACUGGGACUGCAGCAGGAAUUUCAUUUAACACUGAAACUCAUUUUCAUACUAAUAAUUAUUUAAUAAUAUUUUUUGUACAAGGGCAGCAGUUUCCUUGUUUGAUCUAUAAAAUGUUUCAAUCAGCGGUUUUUCCACCAACUGUGCUUUAUUUUAUUUGUGCGUCUUCUACACAUUUAAAUCCAGAAAAUACAUGUUAAGGUUUAUGAAUGUCAGUUCAGAGCCUGUUUAUCACCCUCCUGAUGCUUAUUUUCUCAACUGUAAAUGAGGCUAAAAUCUGGUAAAAGACACAUUAAGGAUUGUUUUAUAAAUCAAUAAAGAAUGUAUUAAUAAUCAGAAACA